CCAUGUAAACAAUGUUUUGGAAUAAGUGAAGGACUUUGAAUUCUUUCCAGAUGCAUUGCUGAAUGAGAGGUGUGUUUGUUCCAGCUGGUAAACGUCUGCUUGUUUGAGUCCACGACUCACAAGUACACACGGUGAGACUGCACCUGUCAUUUCAGAACCGCACAGUGGCCACGCCCAGUCACGGCGUGUGGGACAUGAGGGGCAAGCAGUUCCACACUGGCGUAGAAAUCAAGAUGUGGGCCAUCGCCUGCUUCGCCACGCAGCGCCAGUGUCGGGAAGACAUUCUCAAGGCCUUCACGGACCAGCUCCGCAAGAUCUCCAAGGACGCCGGCAUGCCCAUCCAGGGCCAGCCGUGCUUCUGCAAGUACGCCCAGGGAGCGGACAGCGUCGAGCCCAUGUUUAGACACUUGAAGAACACCUACGCCGGAUUACAGCUCAUCAUUGUCAUUCUGCCUGGCAAAACCCCCGUCUAUGCCGAGGUGAAGCGCGUGGGGGACACCCUGCUGGGGAUGGCCACGCAGUGCGUCCAGGUGAAGAACGUGGUGAAGACGUCCCCUCAGACCCUCUCCAACCUCUGCCUCAAGAUCAACGUCAAGCUGGGGGGCAUCAACAACAUCCUGGUGCCGCACCAAAGGCCGUCAGUGUUUCAGCAGCCGGUCAUCUUCUUGGGAGCUGAUGUGACACAUCCGCCUGCCGGAGAUGGCAAGAAGCCCUCGAUUGCAGCAGUAGUGGGCAGCAUGGACGCCCACCCCAGCCGCUACUGUGCCACCGUGCGGGUGCAGAGGCCCAGGCAGGAGGUGAUCCAAGAUCUGGCUUCCAUGGUGCGCGAGCUGCUCAUCCAGUUCUACAAGUCCACACGUUACAAGCCCACCCGCAUCAUCUUCUACAGGGAUGGAGUGUCUGAAGGCCAGUUCAGACAGGUGCUGUAUUACGAGCUGCUGGCCAUCCGCGAGGCCUGCAUCAGCCUGGAGAAGGAGUACCAGCCAGGCAUCACCUACAUCGUGGUGCAAAAACGCCACCACACCCGCCUCUUCUGCGCCGACCGCAACGAGCGAGUUGGACGCAGCGGAAACAUUCCUGCUGGUACAACCGUGGACACAGACAUCACGCAUCCUUAUGAAUUUGACUUUUACCUCUGCAGUCACGCUGGAAUACAGGGCACCAGCCGACCCUCCCACUACCACGUGCUGUGGGACGACAACUGUUUCACAGCCGACGAGUUCCAGCUGCUCACCUACCAGUUGUGCCACACCUACGUGCGCUGUACCCGUUCAGUGUCCAUCCCCGCGCCCGCAUACUACGCCCACCUGGUGGCCUUCCGCGCCCGCUACCAUCUGGUCGACAAAGAGCACGACAGCGCCGAGGGCAGCCACGUGUCAGGUCAGAGUAACGGUCGAGACCCGCAGGCCCUGGCCAAGGCGGUCCAAAUCCACCACGACACCCUACGGACCAUGUACUUCGCCUGAGCUGCAGCCCAUCACCAUUUCCAUCGUCCGCACAUGAACACCCAACACACACACACACACACACACACACACACACACACACAGCCAUGCACGGAUGGCUUGCCAGUCAGAAAGCCCUCUCUCUCACACACACUCACACUCACACUCGCCUAGUUCCGGACCGACACUGUGCAGAGGGAAGCAGGGAAAAGGAGGAGGCGGCACCCCACACUGGAUCGAGGAGGCAAAAAUGCUGCUUUUAACCAGGAACAACGAGACAAAACAAAACUCAGCACUAAUAUGCAAUAGAAACCAGCCAACGUUUUUUUUUUUUCCCCUUUGAGUUGACUUCUCUUUUACGCUGUAGUCCCUCAUCCCCUGUUUACAUUCUGCCCAACUGCUCCCAGGCACCUCAAAACCAUUCAGAAGCAGCAGCACUUUUACUCGGUUUUUUCCUCUCUUUUUUUGUCUGUGUGUGCGUGCGUGUGCGCGCGUGUGUUUUGAAGCAAUCGAGGGAGCAGCCGGGAAGGCUGUGGAAUUCUGAUUUGAUUAUUUUCCCCCUUCCCUCCCGCUCAUGAAAUGAGCAGUUCUUUGAGCACACUGCCACCAGCUGGCGAGCAGGUGCAACGUCAUCCCGCUGAGAUGCCUCACUGCAUUCUCCUCUUCUGCUGUGGGCCAAAAAAAACUAAAUCAAACUGACCUGUAAAAAUCGAGAGGAUUUUUUUUUCCCCUGUGUAUGAAAUACAUAAUGUGUGCUUUAAAAUUUAUUGCUGGCACCAUUGACUUUUUUAAAUUGUUAUUUUUUUGCAUUGUACUCUUGUUUCUCCUGUUCCAUUGGGGUUAAAAUUGACCUUUUUUUUAAUUUAUUUUUUUUUAAUUAUACACACAUUUUAGGUUAACUUCUUCUACAGGCCAUAUUUUUGUUUUUUAAAGAAUUGACAAAUUUGCUUUUUGUUGCGUUUUUUUUAAAUAAUCAGUCUCGGGGUGUUUUUUUUUUUUUUUUAAUAUGUCAGUAUACACAUAUUAUAGGACACCUUCCACUAGCCGUAGUUUCUUUGUUUUGUCCAUCUCCAAAAAUGACUUCCAGACUUAUUUUUUUUUUCCAUAAAAUUUACAUUUAUUUGUGCAAUUAAUCAUGCAGUUGGUGCAAUUGAUCCGUAACAAAACUCAGCAGGAGCCAGGAGGGUUCAAUUUUAAAGUGGGUCAAUCUGACCGCCAUCAUAAUGAGGAAUUAAACUUUACAAUGGCUGAAUUUGGCCUGCAACGUAACGGGAGAACUGAAUUUGACAUAAUUUGUCCAUUUAAUCCACAACGUAGAAGGAGGGUUAAAUUUGACCCACAGCAAAACUGGAGAUGCUCUCACGAGUUUUCCUUAUCUACAUACAUCUACCAUGGCCAUACCUGGAUUUUAAAAUCGGAUUUAAAGUAUAACACUUGUCUUUUUAUAACCUUGUUGUCUUUUUAUAACCUGAUAUCACCCCCCCCCUUUUUUUUUUUUUUCAUCAUGUGAAGCUUUGGCCUUUACUUUGACCUUGUUGCAUCCAUUUUGUUUCUCUGGUAGUGCUUUAUGUGUGGAAGGGAAGAGGAAAAUAAUCGGCACGUUUGGCAAGACGGUUGCAGACUGUUAAGCACCUUGGACAUUUUUGUUGUUGUUUGUUUUGUUCCUGUUUUCGGUGUGUAAAGUGCAGUUCUGACAACAUUUCAUAAGCUUACUUGAAGGAUUUAUACGUGCGCGUCAUUUUGGAUUUCCCGAUGAACGAGUUGUUUUGGACCUGAUUGCAGCAACGUGGCGUUCAAAGGCCAUUAAAGAGAGGCCGGGAGUAUUUUAAGUGCCUGGUAAAGGGUGAAGCGGGUCAUGCCGGACGGGCCAAGUGACUGAACCGACAAAACGUUUCACCCGAUGCCUCGUGGUCUUCUCAACUCAUUGACUUUUCUACACGACUCGAUCAGAAAAUCAUUGUGAUUGUGUGUGUGGUGUGUAGUUGCUCAUGUUUUUGCCCGUCGCGCAGUGUUAGCUGGUGCAUUUGCUUGGACACCGCAGUCUGAUCGUCUUAUUAUACAUACUGGUCAAGGUUUCGAGUUGCUCGACAAGUUACGACUGGCUUUGGAACAAAAACAAAUAACCGCGCAGUCAAAUGGAGACCACCUUUUUUGCGGUUUAUCCUAUCAAAUACAUAUCUGUCGAGACUCCUUUUGCGCUGCUGAUGGUCUGAAGCUUUUUUUUUUGUGGGGGUGGGACUACGGGCGGGCGGGUUAUGUUUCCCCCGACAAAGUUAACUGCACUAAAAGACGCGUGUGUCGUUCAGCUUUGUGAACACGGCCAUGGUGCUAAAACCGAUGGAGAAUCUGAGGCUGUACUGAAACAUAAGACAAAUUGGACAGGUGAAGAAAAUCCAAAACGAUAUCGCGCGUUCCCCCCAGUUAGGGCGGAAACCUGCCCCACGACCAUGUUGGGUGUCAGACAGGCACCACCUCACCACUAAUUGGGGGUGGACAUUAGCCAAACGGGUGUUGCACUAGCCCAGUGGUCUGAAGGAAGACCAUGGAUAGAUUGAUGCCUUGCUGCUUGUGGUAAAGCCUCCUCCGAGUAGGGCUGGGCUAACAUGGGUGCGGGAGUCUAGUUCUGGGUGUUGUGGGAUGACCUCGCUGGUCCCCGGCGAUUGCGGGGAAGCCUCGGAGACUUGGGUGCUUGUGGGAUUUGCCCCGCUUUCUCCGGUUAGUCCUUUAGUGGCCCCAAUACCCUGGCGGGGAAUUCCAAGGCUCCCCACUAAUCCCCUUGGAUCUGAGGACUAUAGCAGGGGUGUCAAACUCAUUUUUUGUCGCGGGCCACUUUGGGCAUCCACAACAAACGAAGGGAUUACUCGUUUGGGAACCCUGAAAUCAACUUGGUUCAAUUCUUGUUCAAGGGAGUGUAAAAAGGGUCACAGAAUGAUUGCAAAAUCUCACCAUUCUUGAUUCCACGUGACAAUUUGACAUUUCGGUCCAGAUUUGAGCGGAGAUCAUGCACGUUGACUCGCAUGAUUUGCUUUUGCGGGCCACAUAAAAUGAUGUGGUGGGCCGGAUCUGGCCCCCGGUCCUUGACUUUGACACCCGUGGACUACAGUGACAGUCCCCUCUCCCGGAGUGGUUGUGGGUUGUGGGUCAGUCCCGACUUCCUUGGUAAGCCUGGGAAGUUCUCUUUUUUGGUGUCGGGAUGAAUCCCACUUCCCUGAGGAUUGUGGCUUUCCCCCACUAUCCCUCCCUCACCCGGGGCGCCCACAGGGAUUCUGGGAUUUGGGACGCUUCCCGAAUCUCAGCCAUCCAGUCAAGCCCUACUGGGUGUGGGAUGGCCCCCGACUACACUGGUGCAUGUGGAGGGCAAUCUUGAAAAAAGCCGUUGAUGGACAGUUGCGUUGGACUACCUUCAAAGGCGUUUCCCUCAGGUGUGGAAACUUGCCGAGGACUGAGCCACUGUCUUGGAAAGCCUUAAAAAAAAAAAAAAUCAAAAGUAUAUUUGUUCAUUGGAAAGAUGAAAUGCACACCAAUUAUUUUUGGUAACAGAGUAAAAAAGAUGUAGUCUAAAUAUUCUUAGCAACAAAUAUAUCGUAUGUAAUGGUAAAAAAAACAAAAACAUUCUGAUAGUUAUUGCAAUAGCCUUUUGACGUGCGUCCCUGUAAAUCGUGUAGUGCGCCUAGCACGAAAGGCGUCGACCGUGACUGUCAUACUGUUAGCGAUCUGGCGGCGGCCGUCGAACCGCCCACUGGACAUUGGAUGCCCAUUUUGUCCAAAUGAAUUCAAAGAGUGAAAAAAUAGAUUAGAACGCUCCUGAAUGUGCUUUUUCUUUUUCUUUCCUCCCUCCACCCUGGUGCUGACGAUUCCAUUUGGAAGGAGUGUUGGGAAAACUUAAGCGGGUCUUUUUUUUUUUUGUAACGCUUUUGCAAUCUGGCAGAUGCAGCAGUCCGUGGCGGAAUAUCCGGCUGAGGUUUUCUUCAGCGGCAAAACUCUGGGUGGGCCCCGCGACAAUCACCCUCAAUCUUCUUGCUUUUGACGCCAACACUCGGUGGAUGUGGGACAGUCACCCUUGCGUUAGUGGUGACAAAAUAGCCUCCACCCCUCUUAACGAGUGUCAAGCAGGUACUCUGGUGGGUGUGGCUGGCUCCUCAUUCCUCCGGUGGGUAUCUCCCCCCCCCCCUCCCCCCCAACCUGUUGAAUCCGAAGCGGUGCAGAAAGUUUGAGGGUUUGCCCUACUAGCCCUGCGUGGCAAGUGAUCCAUUUUAAAGGACUGUUGGAAAAUGUAAAAAGUUAUCCCCCCCCCCCCCCACCCUGCAGUUCAAUCUCCACCCUGACCCCAGAGAACUCGUUUCUUUGCCAUGAAGGUCUUACACACGCAAACACACCCAAAAAAGAUGAGGUGUUUGUGAUUGGCAUUCAAGGAUGUCCGAUUCUUUGUGAGAAGAUGGAAGAUGCUGAGUGGCGCCCCAACAUGCUUUUCCAAGGCCUCGCCAUGAGCUGCAAAAGCAUCGCUUGCCUGUGAAUGAGCUGACAUAAAAAAGAAGCCUCGCCAGUUGGGGAAAAACCUCUUGUCUCCCUUUAAAGUGGAAGCUGUUCUUCCACAGCAAGUAAGGGUCCACCCAGGAAGUGCCUUUCCUCUCGACUACCCGGCCCCGCCUUCUUUCUUCUUCUCCAUCGAUGCUAGUGUCUCAGAGCUCGGAUUUGGUCCUUGUUAGAACCCGCUAAUGUCGACCACAGCACUUCAGAGAGCGCCAUUUCAACUCUUGAAGUUCAGCCCCUCGCAUCUCAACAUGGGGGGGGGCUUUCAUCCAUGGCGUGGACAAUGGUGGGUGUCAUCUUUCAUUCAUCUUGAAGGGCAUUAAGAAAAGCGAGACCAGCAUCAGUAUUGAACGGUUCUUGGAGACAGAGCACUCGCUCAAGCUAAUGCGAGUGCAAUGUCGGGGAGGGGAGGGAGCGAGCCAGUAGGGUGUCAAUUGAAAGGAUCUUCAAUCCAGGUGGGAUUGGGUGGAGGGAGGGGUGGGGGGGGGGGGACUUUUGUGUUUUUACGGUUCUCAGAAACACUGCACCUCACUUACCUUGGUAUGCUGCAUCAUGUUGGAGGUUGACACAAGAGAAGAACUGCAAACUGCUCAUGAUAUACAUGCUUGAGUUAUGCCUGACAUUCUUAACUAUUUUAGAGUCCAAAUACAUAACUGUAAAAAAAAUGUCUCAACUGUUUGUUUUUUUUUUUGCUUUUGAGCCGACUUCUUCUUUUUGUCCUAUUUAAAUGUGUUUAUGAAAUAUAUACAUACAUACACGUAAGAAGCCUAUAUAUGUGGAGUAUUUUAUGGCGUAUUUAUUGCUUUUUUUGUGUGUGGAAGGUGUUUAGAGCCUUAUUUUCGUACGCGCAAGCACAAUAUAUGCGAACGGGCUGAUUUUUUUUUUUUUCCUCCUUUCUUAAUCUAAACGCAACUUCCUCCUUAUUUAGCCUUCAAACGCCAAUCGGAGACGAGGCUUUGGGCUACAUCUGCCAUGUCAAUUCCAUUGGCUGGAUUACACUACUUCGAAAAAGGUGCUGGGGUUUGGGGCUUUUGGCUGAAAUCUCAAGAGAACCAGAAAUGUGCUUGUGGACGUAAAAAAAACAAAGAGCAUGCAGUGCAUUCAGAAGUUUAGACAAGGUCCAAUUAAUACAUUGACCAAUGAAGCUCAGUGGGCCUUUUCGGUUCAUCCUGAAAUUUCACCCAAUCGGCCCUUUUGGUGACGAGCGGAUCAACGAAAGCUCUUGUCUCGAGUUCAUGUGCCACAGGAGGGCGGGCGAGAGAGAGAAAAAAAAAAGAGCCUUAAUUGUGUCCUAAGCCUGCGUACUUGAAACCGAUUGUACGUUUUGUCUCUUCUCGUUCCAAAACCACUAAAAUCGCUACGCUCAAGUCUCUCUGUUCGGGACGGUCCGAGUUUUUCUCAGCGUGCUUCCUGUCCUGUCUGGUUACGCGAGUGUCGACUAUAUCGCGACGACAAAAUCCGAUCCAAUCCCGAUCAGAAGGCUAGUUAGCGAGACCUGUGCCUGAAUCGUUUCUUCUUUUCGACACUCGGGUAAACAAGAUUGUACUCACCCCCCCCACGCCCCGAAAGCAAACAAAAAAAACCCUGUAACCUCCCUUUCUUACUUACAAUCCCGUUAAAUGUUCUUUCACCCCCGUCAGCAUUCCAGUACUGAGGUUGAACCAAAUAUUGCGAAAGAGAUUAGACGUUUUGAUUGCUCGUCCGUGGCCAAGGAAACAUUUCAUUUAAUAACUUUUUUGGGGGGGGGGUCUCAACGUGGCAAAUCUUUGUGUCAGUCACACCUGCGCGACGCUGCCUACGGGAUUUGCAUUUGUCGCAAUUGUACCGACUGCUUGAAUUUGUUUCUCUUUGUAACUUCUUCCUUUACGUUGUUGGCCUUUUUUAAGUGUUGCUUUGCUUCUGUUUGAAGUGUAUGUUUGACUAAUACUUGCAAUAAAAUGCUUUGCUUUAC